ACCCGGUUAAAUUUAGUAGGAAAUGUGACUGGUUUUAUCAACGCUGGAUCAUUUUUCAAUAAUAUUAUCACUUGGUAUUAUAAAAAAAAACUUGGAAAAUAUAUUCAAUCAUUCUAUCUUUCUCAGCUCAAUAAAAUCAGAACUAAUCGAAGUUUUAAAAUCAUCAUCAAAACCACUCAAAUUCAAUCUUAAACUAGAAGCCACAUAUAACAAACCACAUGUAGAUAAUUCGUCCGUGAACAGUGUUCAAGACCUCGGCCAGGGCGAUUCUCGCGGAUACAGAUAUUGAAAACGAAAUUAAUAAUAUAAUAUGUUUGAAAAUAUAUUAUGCGAGGAAGAUAUAUACCAGGGCAAAGGCAGUGGGUUCACACUCGAAAAAAUCGACGGUAUAUCACUAGGCAUAUAUAAAUAUAUACCGAUAAGUGGCUCCUAGUAUCUACCUUUACCUACUUACAUAGAAAAUAAAAAAUCUACCAUUAACCCGCAAAACAAUGACGAACAGUGUUUUAAAUGGGCUAUUCUAGCCAAACAUAUCACGGGAGAGAACAAGUGCAGAGUCAAUAAUAAUUAUUAUAUUCACGAAAACAAAUAUAAUUUCACUGGUCUCACAUUUCCGACACCAUUAAGCGAAGCGAAAAUAUUCGAAAAAAAAUAAUCCUAACGUAUCGGUUAACGUUUACGGACUUGAAAAAAAAUUCCAUCCGCCUUUGAAACUUCCCACUUAUAAAAUCUUCCCACUAAAAGUAGUCGAAGAAGAAAAAGCGGAACAUUUCGACUUCAUAUUAAUUGCAGACAACGAGAAAUCGCAUUAUACCUAUAUCUCACACUUCUCAAGACUUGUUCGUUCGCAAAAAACACUACAUAAAGAGAGUGUUAUUUUUUGUAAACGGUGUUUCACGAGUUUCGAUCAUCGGGUGAGAAAUAAAUUAAGCGGUCAGGCUGAGUUAGACGAGCAUUUGAAAAUAUGUGGGUCUCAUAAACCGAUUUUACCUGUAAUGCCAACGGAAGGGACAACGUUACAAUUUGAGGGGUAGUCUAAGACUCAACGACAUCCGAUAGUCAUUACGCAGACUUUGAAGCACUUUUGGUAAAAAGUACGAAAAACAAGGGCAAGAAUACGUCAGCUAUUCAAAAGCACGAACCAAUGAGCUACGGGUUUAUCGUGAAGGUGUCUGAAAACGUUUUGCCAGAGUUACUAGAACAAUAUAAUAUACCAACAGCGCCAGUUAUUUUCCGUGGUAAUCAAAAUUAUCAGAGCGUAUCAAAACAUUUUAUUGAGAACAUUGUAAAAGUUGCUGAAAAAAUUGAAAAACUAUUAAAGUUAAAUAUGCCAAUUAUAAUGACUGAAGAACAACAUCAAUCACAUAAUAUUUCUACUUCGUGUAAUUUAUGUAAAAAUAAAUUUUCAAACAUGAAUCAUAAAGUGGCGGAUCAUUGUCAUUUAUCAAGCGAAUUCCGACAAACAUUGUGUAAUACAUGCAAUUUAAAAUUACAAGUUCCCAAUUUCAUUCCAUGUUUUCUACACAAUUUAUCAAAUUACGACGCUCAUUUCAUAGUCAUAGAAUUAGGAUAUGAUGCAAACAAGAUAACGGUAAUACCAAACAGUGAGGAAAAGUUUAUAUCUUUUUCCAAGUAUAUUUCCAACAAAUUCUCUAUACGGUUUAUUGAUACAUUUAGAUUUAUGGCUACAAGUCUGUCCAAACUAGCCACAAAUUUGUUAACACCUAGAUUGGAAAAAUUUAGAGAAACAGCGAAACAUUUCACUAACGAAGACAUGCCCCUUGUGACUCGUAAAGGUGUAUACCCUUACGAAUAUACAUAUAAUUGGCAAAAAUUAGAAGACAUAACAUUACCAUCGGAGGCACAUUUUUAUUCAACAUUAAAGGAAAAACAUAUAGUUGAUGAGGAAUACAAACACGCACUCACAGUAUGGGACCACUUCGAUUGUAAGACUUUGGGAGAAUAUAACGAUCUAUAUCUGAAAAUAGACAUUCUUCUACUAGCUGAUGUGUUCCAGAACUUCAGGGAUAUAUGCAACUCAACAUACGGUUUAGAUCCUGCAUUUUAUUUUACGGCACCCGGAUUCAGUUUCGACUGUAUGCUGAAGCAUACAGGAGUAAAAUUGAAACUAUUAUAUAUAGACAUCAUUUUUCCAUUCCGAAUCAUUAAGUUGAUCAAAUUUUUUUCCUUUACUUGCAGCAAAUUCAAAAAUUUCGUUUUUUAAAUCAAAAACCCUUUUCAAUACUUUUCCUCUGCUGAACCAACGGACAUCUGUAAAAUAGAUCACAUCACCUUGUUCAGCAUCUAUUUCACUUAAAAAGUUUUUAAAUUCUCUAUGAUUCAAUGCUCUUGAUCUGAUAAAAUUUACUAUUUUUACAACAUCUUUCAUAAUAGUUUGAAAACCAACAGAUUUUGCACAUAAAUUUUCUUGGGGGAUAAUGCAGUGAUAUUGCAUCAGUUGUAAAGCGCAACAUGUACUCAUUUCUUUUUUAA